UCCGAUCCCUUGCUUCGCCUUUCACGGUCGCGGAAAACGAGGCACGUCUCUGCUUCCGGCGAUGCAUUUGUGCCGCAGUCGCCAGUUGUUCCCCCUCCGUAACUCCACUUUCGCGAAACCCACUUCCACUCUCGCAGCUUUGUUUAAAGUAGAAUAAUAAAGAAGAGGGCACGCGUUGGUCGGGGAAAGAGGUGGGAAGGGAAUGGCCGCGAGGAACCGGAGGUGGUUACCGCCGGCGCCGAAGCCGCCGACGAUCCUCAACCUUCCUCAGCUUUCGAGGCGGCCUCGAGCAGUGAAUAAGACGAAUCCGCGAUUGGAACGCGAGCUCGUGGAUCUUCUGGACCGCGAUCGUCGCGCGCGGACGACUCCGCCUCCGCCAGCGACGCCCUCAGGGGAGAGCGGAGGGGAAUCGGGCGGAGAGGACAAGUGGCGGUUCCAGGCGGAGAUACUUCGUGCGGAAUGCAACUUCUUGAGAAUGGAGCGGAAGGUCGCGCUGCGGAAGCUUGAGAGGAACCGCGACAAGAUGGAGGACGCAUUGAGAUCCGCCAUGGACACAUUGAUAUUGGGAAGGGAAAAGAUCGUUUGCAGCGAGAGCGUAGAGGCGGCAUUGGACGCGAGCAUCGAGGAGCUGAAAGAAAAAGUAGAGGAGCUCAGAUUGGGGAAUGGCGGAUGCCGUGGUAGAAGCAGGGGAAUCUCAAGGGGAGUGCAUCCAAGGAGUAGUGGCAGAAGAAACUUCGAUCGGCAAGCAUCGGUGCUUAGGCGGCGGCUGGAGAAAAUGGAAGACGACCCCAACGUGAAGGAUAUACAAGAGAUUUCUGUGCCAGGUCUAGGGAAGAAAGUUACAGAGCCAGAACAACUUGAAGCAGAGGAGACUGCUAGUCCGGGCUCGAGUCACAGUGGCCGGUUUCCCGACGAGAUGGAGAUUUUGCGGAGAAAGAUGGAGGGAUUGUCCAAGGGGAUGUUGGAGAGGAUGGAGGAAUGCAGCUAUUUGCUCUCCGCCAACGAUGGUAGUAUCAUCACCAGCAACAGCAACAGUGACAGUGGCGAGAAGAGGGACCUCAAACUAAUUGGGUGUGCUAAAGCAAUAGAGAAAGAAUCUUUACUUCAAAUCCACCAGCCGUCGCCGCCGCCCAAUAAUCAAGGGGAGGAGAUGGGGUUGCUGAGUUGCUGUAAUUGCAAGGAGUUGGUGGGUCGAAUAAUGCAGCAGGUGAGGGCAGAGUCUGAGCAGUGGACUGAGAUGCAAGAGAUGUUGGAUCAAGUUAGGGUAGAGAUGGAAGAACUCAAAUCCUCCAGAGACCGUUGGCAGCGACGGGCUAUUUCUUCUGAAGUCAAUUUCCACUCGCAACACGCACAAAAGCUUGAGUGGAAGCAAAAGGCGAGAUCUUCAGAAAACAGAGUGAUUGAACUGCAGAAACUAGUUAAAGAGCUUCAGAAAGAGCUGCAACCGUUAAGAACCAAGCUCCUCAAUGCUCCCCCUUCAUCCCCUGUGCAUUCAGAGUUCCAGCCAGCGGGAGACCCACUGAGGAUGGUUCAAAACCAACAGAAUAGAUCACUCAACUCAUAUAACGAGAAGGAGAAGCAUAUUCUUGUGUGCCAUAUGAAUUCACAGAACAAUCUAAGCCAGCGCAGACCAUUACAAGAUAUCAGUAACAUUUCUCCCCUUCUCAGACCAAGACGUCGAGUAUAAGAAAAAUCUCAUCCGCAUUUGUCUUUCAGUGCUUGAAAGGAUGAUGAUUUGUCGAGAUAUUAUUUGCUAAUCAGAAGUUGCUUAGCUGAGAAUGAGCUGAGCACGCCAGAGCAUGUCUAGUUUUCCUCUGAAAGGAAGAAGAUGUAAUAAGCUAGCUGUCCUCCUAAAGCUUGUUACUAGCUAGGAUUGCAUAAACUCUGUAUUACGUUAUAUUCAUAAUCAUCGAGCUGCAAAAAUUUGGUCAAACUUGUUGUGCACGGAUUUAAUAGCACAAAUUCUCCAUAA